GUUAAAUAGCUAGCGUUAGUUUUAUUGGUGUUUUCGAGGCUAACAGUAGCCUGAAGACACCGAGGGUACUUCGCUCUGACACUACUGACGUCUAUGUUGUCUCAUGGAGGAUUUAUACGGUUAUUAGUCAAGAGGACAAACGAGUGGGCGAGGACAGACCAGAGGAGGUACAAACUCUUCGCCAUGGGGAACACCUGCAGUAAUCACCUUGGGAUCCCUCCAGCUAAGGGCCCUCAUGCUGUGGGAUGCACAGACUUCAUGAUGGACCACACUGUAAAGGGCAGCUUCUUCCGGCUUUACUAUCCUUGUCUAGAGACUGAGAAAGCCGAAAAACCAGACUGGGUACCAUGCAGGGAGUAUUUCAACGGGUUGGCAGACUUCAUGAAAAUCAACAGGAGCCUCAGUGAACGGAUUUUCAACUAUCUUUUUGGUUGUUCCAAGAUUCCAGCCUCGAUGGAUGCUCCAUUUAAAUCAAAUGAAAAAUGUCCUGUCAUUAUCUUUUCUCAUGGCCUCGGAGCUUUUAGGACUUUGUAUUCAGCUAUAUGUGCAGAAUUGGCCUCUCAGGGCUUCAUUGUGGCGUCCGUGGAACACAGAGACCAGUCAGCCUCAGCUACGUAUUAUUUUCGUGAGAAGACAGAGUCAGAGAAGGCAAAGGACAAAAAGCCUAAAACGUCGGCCUCAGCCGAAGACAACCUGGUGAAAGAGUGGAUGUACUACAGAGCUCUGCGGCACGGAGAGAGUGAAUUCGCCCUCAGAAACAAACAGGUGAAGCAGAGAGCAGAUGAAUGUAUUCUGGCUCUGGAUAAACUCAAUGAAAUCAACUCAGGGAUUCCAGUGCAGAAUGUUUUGCAAACACCGUUUGACUGGACGACGCUGGAGAACUCCAUGGAUCUGUGCAGGAUCGCAGCGGUGGGACAUUCCUUCGGAGGAGCAACAGUGAUCGAAGCUCUGUGCAAAGAGGUUAAAUUCAAGUGUGGCGUAGCGCUGGACGCCUGGAUGUUCCCUUUAGAUGACGAGAUCUUUCCUCGGGUGAAGCAGCCGAUAUUCUUCAUCAACUCAGAGAAGUUUCAGUGGGCAGGAAACAUCAGCCGCAUGAAGAAGCUGGAGUCGGCGGUCAUUCAGAGGAAAAUGAUCACCAUCAGAGGAACAGUCCACCAGAGCUUCCCAGACUUCACCUUCCUGACGGGGAACUGGAUCGGCAAGCUGAUGAAGCUGAAGGGAGAGAUCGACCCCGAGAUCGCCAUAGACCUCUCCAACAAAGCAACACUAGCCUUUCUGCAGCGCCACCUUGGUCUGGAUAAGAACUUUGAUCAGUGGGACCCUCUGAUUGACGGGCUGGAUGACAACCUCAUUCAAGGAACUAACGUCACUAUGCUUCAGUCUGCCAUCUGAACCGCCUCACAUACUGCUGAAUGUACCCGUGACUGCCGCAAGGAUUUCACCUCACGCAUGGGAGUCAGUCAGUGGAACAGUCCCCAAACGUGAAGCCGGGCCUGCUUGGCAUUUCACACAGACUGAGGAUAACAAUCUGGAGUGGUACCAGACAGCAAGGAUCAUCUCUACCUCAUCAGCAGGACACAUCUGUUUUUCUUGACAGAUAAACACUCGCUCGGUGUUCCAGUGUUUGUUUCAUGAGGCCUGAAUGUUGCUGAGCACUUCUUCUUUUCACUGUUGGUGAAAUCUUCACCAUUUCUCAGAGAAAUGCUUUAAAUCUUUUUCAUCUUUGAGUGUAUAUAAACUGAGAUAAUGAUGUUAAUUUGCAUAAAUACCGUACAUCUCGGAGACGAGCUCUGCAGUGAUUGCAGUGUGAUUAUGGAAUAAAUCAGAUCCAAACGUUGGGCUGGGGAUGGACAUGGUUAAUCUGAGAUGAAGUAUUAACCCAGCCAUGAUAUUUUUAAAGUAAAUGUAUCCAUCCUGGUUCAACAGAGGGCAGCUACAGAAGCAGAUCAGCAUCAUUAAAUACUUUCAAACACUAAGAUGUGCCUUAACUCACAGUACUGUUCAUCCUGGGUCAGUGACAUGUAACAGCCGUCUACUUUUAUACAUUUACAGACUCCAAUCUGCCAUAAGACAUCAAAUAAACCUGGUUUGUAUACAAA